AUUGUUAAAUCGCCAUUUAAACAUAGCAACAUUGAAUUUUUUUGUGAUUCCAUGACGAUUGCUGAUGACGUCACAAAUGUAAACAAAAGGUUCUCAGACAGUUUGCCUACCAGGCGAUCAUACAGUCUGUAGUCAGCUUCGGAUAGUAUGUGAGAAAGAUACUUCAGGAUGCCGAGAACAACAGAGGAAGGUAGUGAAAAGCAAAGGAAACAGCUGUCAUCAGACACAUCCCAAGACACACCAUUAAUGACUCUGUUUCGAGAGUACUCAAGAACAUUAGUAGAUAAAAAUGACAAGUACGAGAGGGUUUAUAAAACCAGCAGGGACAUAACAGUACGAAGCAAGAGAAUUAUUUUUUCACUUCAGAGGAUACCUGGGCUUGAUGAUGAUGAAAGAGAAAAAAUACUCUCGUCGGCAGCAAGCGAUUUACGGGAAAUUGAGCAAACCCAAAUGAAGUAUGUUGCGCAAGAACUUGUUGAUGAAGAACCUUAUCAGUUUGUUUAUGCAUACACUGGAGGUUUGCAAGAGUAUAUAGAGGCUCUCUCCCUGCAUCACUUUUUAACAACUGAUAAAAUUAUUGGCCACUCAGAUGUACAGGAGCGCUUGAGCUUUGGCAGCAGUGAAGAGGACAAUGAUGUUGUGCCAAUGAGGGUUUUAGUUCAGCCUAAAGAGUAUAUUCUUGGUAUUGCAGACUUGACAGGAGAACUCAUGAGAUUUUGCAUUAAGUGUGUAAGUACCGGUGAUUUUGAGGUUUGCUACAGAAUCUGUGAUGUUUUGAAAAGCAUUCACGGAGGUUUUUUAUCUCUUGGAUAUAUUCCUCUGAGAGAAUUGUAUUAUAAAUUUACAGUUUUUCGAUCAAGCUUACAUAAAGUUGAAGAAGCCUGUUAUUCUCUGCAGCUUAGGAAAAGUGAAGUUCCAGCAGAAAUGCUUGGUGAUGUUUUUGCAAUGUAUGAUGCAGAUGAAAGUCAUCAGGAAUUUGUUUAGCUUCUAAAAGGGUGUAGAGUUUUCCAGGUUAGACAAUUUGCAGAUAUUAGCCAAUGGCUGUGUUUUCUUUUUUUAUUGCAAAUCAAUGUUAAUGGACUUUUCUUUUAUAUACAUAAUUCAGGAAACUGUGAUAAGACAGUGGAAAAUCUCAUCUUGAGCAGCAGACGUGUAGAGAUGUUUUUGUAAUCAAAGUUUGCUAUACUCAGUGAAUUAGAUCAGUAGUUUUGCAUUAAAGUUUUCUCCAUAGAACUAAUGUCAAUCUGGGGUCUCUGAAAUGGUUGAUAUUGACCCUAGAGGGUUGAUAAUACAGUCCAAGGUUGAUAAAUUCAUUUGGGUUUGAAGGGGAUUGAAUAAACAUUUUGGUUGCUUAAAGGUACAGGGUGAAACCUGAUGUUUAUAUACAAGAAAUUUAAAAUUUGAUAGUUUUUAUUACCUUUCAAGUUUAUAUUCAGUCUAUAGACAUAUGGUAAUACAAUAAGUAAGCAUUAGUCUGGAUCCAAUUAGUACUGACUGCUAACUUGUAUGUAUUUUAUUUACUCAUAUUUGUUUAUUUAAAAAAUAUUUUCAUUAAACAUAUUUAUCAUGGGUAUCAUAGUAUUGUAGCAUGUGAAAAAUAGAUUAGCUUCAAGUGUUAUUUUAAAUCUAGCUUGUGGCAAUCCUAUACUCUGUUUUUUUCCAUCUGUCCAUCCGCCUGUGCGUUUUUGUAUGGUAACACCGUCCCGGGCUUUAAAUAGUUACGCUAUGUGUAAGUUUUAGGUAAUUAAAAGGAUAUCUGGGUGUUCAUUUGCAACUGAAAAGUGUUUUAAUAAUUUACUGUAUGCGAAUUACACCGUUAAUAUUCGAAAUAGGAUAUUGUUAUUAUUGUUUAAUGUAAGCUGAAUGUAACUAUCUAAAGCCCAGGACGCAGUGUUACCAUACGCAAACACCACACGCGGAUGGACAGAUGGAAAAAAACCGAGUAUAGUUUGAUUGUCCAGGUCACAUUAUCAUUAUUAAUUAAUAUUAAUAAUAAUGAUAAUACUAUAGUAGUAGUAGUAAUAGUAGUAGCCUUCACAGAAAUACAUCUGAAUUCUGUCAAACACACUUAAGAUUACAUACUAGGAUGUGGCUAGGUAGAAAAAGCAGUGCAGUACAUUUAUUUAGCCACCUGAAUCAUUCCUGUAACAUAACAUUAAUCCCUUUCUAUGGAUUUACCUAAGACCUGUCAGUUACUGUAGUUUAGGCUUUUGCUUCCCGUAGUGUCAGUUUUAAACUCAUGUCUAUGUUUGAAAACUUUCACUCAAGUAGGGUCUUCUAAGCCCAUACAGACUAGAGUCUAGGAAGAUGAAUGGAUGUUUAAAUAACAAAAUGUAAAGUGAAAAUAAAUCCUGAUAAACAACAGUGACGGAAAA